ACUGCUGCAAGAUAACGGUGUUAUUACAUUCGGAUUUCGGACAACAGCUGCUAGAUCUCAUAUUUUUAGUAUAGUAAGCAGAGAACGAUUUUGGCGCGCUUUCUUUGUGACAAGAACCGCAUAAUAUUUUAAUUUGGAUUGGUUGGGGUGGUAUGUGGAUAGAUUUUAGCCGCCAUGGAUCCCAGUGCUCUACAAAACAUGGAUCGGGACGCAUUAAAGAAGCAAAUCGAGAACAUGAAAUAUCAGGCAUCGAUGGAGCGAUGGCCGUUGUCUAAAAGUAUUGCAGAAAUGCGGUCUUUUAUCGAAGAGAAUGAGAAGAACGACCCCUUAAUAAAUGCCCCGGAUAAAAAGAAUAAUCCGUGGGCUGAAAAGGGAAAAUGCGUUCUUAUGUAAUAUUAUCGUAAACCACAACAGUACCAUACCAACAUUCAUAAGUAUCCCAUUUAUUACUACAAUAACCACAGUAAUAUCAAUAACCAAACUAAUAACACUACUUAUAUUAAAAACAAUAGAAGCAAAAAAAAUGUUAAUAAGAAGAAAGCUAAACCACAACAACCAAUAGAGCAACCACCAAACGCAAGGAAUAACAAUAGCAAUAGCAGCAAAAAGAUGCCAAUACAGCAACAGCCAAAUAGUUGCAACAUCAGAAACUCUUAUGAAUCGAGAAAAGAAGAGCCAGCUGAUUGUAGCAAUUCCCUAGAUCCACAAAAUCUGCAUAUACAUCAGCACGAAAAUCAAGUAACAUUAGAAGAAGAUGUGGAAACUGAAGACGGAAGUGACGGCGAGGAAAGUGAAGCCGGUGAACAUAUUGCAAACGCGGAUAAUGUAACAUUGUGUUACAAUAAUAAUUACUAUAACAACAACAAUAAUUACUACUACCACUAUUGCAACUUGAAUUAUAACCAACACCUAAACGAACAGUCCCAGUCCAAAACACAUUUGCUAAUACGUCAGCUAAAACGACGCACUGUACAAGAAAUUCUGCAGCGUCCAUUCCUUAUCCAAAUAGUCGCUCUUUUCAUGUGGUUCCACGGCAAAUUCUGGCAAUUCUACUACGAAACAUUGACACGAAGAUUGCAGUAAAGGCAGAAAAUUGAAUUACAUAUUGGAAGAAUAACAAUGCAAAAUUAAAAAAACGUAUGUAAGUAUAUGCGUAGCACGGACAUUUGUUGAUAUUUGAAAUCGACACCAUUUACUGCUGCAACAAAACUCUAAACUUUGAUAUAGAGGAAUCUAUUUCAACACUUUAAAGGAGUCUAGCAAAAGGAAAGAACCUAAGCAUUUCUUCUUGAUAACAUAAUAUUGGACGUUCUUAUGGAUGUUAGCAAUCUGUAACAGCUCAGAGACAGAUUCGGAUGGACACCAUAAUUAUAUUUAGUUUUAAAGUGUUUUUCCAUACUACUGUAUUUACCAACAAAACUUAGCUUAAUGCGCGUACUUCAAAAAGUCACAAUUAAAAAAACAGGAGUAGUAAAUGCAAUUGCCAAACGAUAAUAAGAACAAAUCGUUUGAAACUAAGAACUAAGAGUAAAAUAUAUUAAAUUUACUUACUUGCAUUCCAUUCAUACUUACAAUACUUAUAUUGAACACAAUAAAAUGAGUAAAGAAUUGCUGCGUGCAAUCUGAUAUACAAAAA